UCUCUCAACUUAUUUUGCUGGACGUUCUGAAGCUCGAAAGGAGGACAUGAGUCAAGAGCUUUCUUUCUAGGUCAGUAGAAGAAAUUGGCCUUCUGGGCCAGAACAAACAGCCAACAGGAGCAAAAGUAAGUUGGGCCUCCUAUAGAGAGGAUCUGCCAACGGAGUUAGUGCUGGGAUUUGCCAUCUUAGGAACGGAAGAAGGGGGCGGAGGCCCUUUGGGGCUUUUGUGCGGAGUGGGCCGGCCUGCAAAGCUGGCACUCCACAGACGAGGGCAGAACCGUGGUGGGAGGAAGCUCGGGGGCCUCCGCCGAGCACCGAGGUGGCUGGCAGUGCCCGCACGUGAGCGUCACUCGGAGCUCCCCCGAAGGGACUUUGUAUCUACGUAGUGCUAAAACUGGCCUGGGUCUUGCUGUGCUCCUCCUGCCUCUGCUUGCAGUUGUGGUUGCAGGCUUGAGCCAACACGCCCAGCUCUCAGCAUCAGUUUAAUUAUGACUUGCUACAGAGUCUGUUGUCCUGUUCUGAGAAGUCCAUUGUGUACCUUGUCACCAGCGCGUCUGAACCCUCUCUGAACCUUCCUGAAGCUGGAAGAUUUCACCCUGAUGGCUGACUCAAAACCACUCAGAACCCUGGAUGGGGACCCUGUGGCUGUGGAGGCUUUGCUCCGGGACGUGUUUGGGAUUGUCGUAGAUGAGGCCAUUCGGAAGGGGACCAAUGCCUCUGAGAAGGUCUGCGAAUGGAAGGAGCCUGAAGAGCUCAAGCAGCUGCUGGACUUGGAGCUGCAGAGCCAGGGCGAGUCUAGGGAGCGGAUCCUGGAGCGCUGCCGGGCUGUGAUUCAUUACAGUGUCAAGACUGGUCACCCCCGGUUCUUCAACCAGCUCUUCUCAGGAUUAGAUCCCCAUGCUCUGGCCGGGCGCAUCAUUACGGAGAGCCUCAAUACCAGCCAGUACACAUAUGAGAUUGCCCCCGUGUUUGUGCUCAUGGAAGAGGAGGUGCUGAAGAAACUCCGUGCCCUUGUGGGCUGGAACACUGGGGAUGGGGUCUUCUGUCCUGGUGGUUCCAUCUCUAACAUGUACGCCAUAAACCUGGCCCGCUUUCAGCGCUACCCAGACUGCAAGCAGAGGGGCCUCCGGGCCCUGCCACCCUUGGCCCUCUUCACUUCAAAGGAGUGCCACUACUCCAUCACCAAGGGAGCUGCUUUUCUGGGACUUGGCACCGACAGUGUCCGAGUGGUCAAGGCUGAUGAGAGAGGGAAGAUGAUCCCUGAGGAUCUGGAGAGGCAGAUCAGUCUGGCAGAGGCUGAGGGCUCGGUGCCAUUUCUGGUCAGUGCCACCUCUGGUACCACCGUGCUAGGGGCCUUUGACCCCCUGGAUGCAAUUGCCGAUGUUUGCCAGCGUCACGGGCUGUGGUUACACGUGGAUGCCGCCUGGGGUGGGAGCGUCCUGCUGUCCCGGACACACAGGCAUCUCCUGGAUGGGAUCCAGAGGGCUGACUCCGUGGCCUGGAACCCUCACAAGCUUCUCGCCGCGGGGCUGCAGUGCUCUGCUCUUCUUCUCCGGGACACCUCGAACCUGCUCAAGCGCUGCCACGGGUCCCAGGCCAGCUACCUCUUCCAGCAAGACAAGUUCUACAACGUGGCUCUGGACACCGGAGACAAGGUGGUGCAGUGUGGCCGCCGCGUGGACUGUCUGAAGCUGUGGCUCAUGUGGAAGGCGCAGGGUGGGCAAGGGCUGGAGUGGCGCAUCGACCAGGCCUUUGCUCUCACUCGGUACUUGGUGGAGGAGAUAAAAAAGCGGGAAGGAUUUGAGUUGGUCAUGGAGCCCGAGUUCGUCAACGUGUGCUUCUGGUUUGUGCCUCCCAGCCUGCGGGGGAAGAAGGAGAGCCCAGAUUACAGCCAGAGGCUGUCUCAGGUGGCCCCUGUGCUCAAGGAGCGCAUGGUGAAGAAGGGAACCAUGAUGAUCGGCUACCAGCCCCAUGGGACCCGGGCCAACUUCUUCCGAAUGGUGGUGGCCAACCCCAUACUGGUCCAGGCCGAUAUAGACUUCCUUCUGGGCGAGCUGGAGCGUCUGGGCCAGGACCUGUGAGCUGCUUCCUCUCUCUGCCCCACCCAAGCUCUGCAUAAGCUCCUGGGUUCCCAAAAGCGACCUUUCUAGGAAACAGUGGCCUUGACUGUGUGAGCCCCCACACACUAACUCUCCUAGCUAAGUAUUGGCUGCCAGGACGGUGUCUAAGCACACUACAGUCUGUUCUUACGAAAUGUGCUUCUUUUAAGUCGGUCAUAGUGGUACACACCGUUAAUACCAGCACUGGGGAGGCAGAGGCAGACACAAGCAGAUCUCUUGAGUUUGAGGCCAGCCUGGUCUACAGAGCUGGCCUACACAGAAAAAAAACCUGUCUCAAAAAAAAAGAAAGGAAGGAAGAAAGAAAGGAAAAGAAAGAAAUAUUUUUCAUUAAGAUUAUGUCUAUAAAAAAUUGUUAUUAAUAUGAGAGAUAUGGUACGAUGUAUUAAGAAAGCUAGAUAUGGGGGUUGGGGAUUUAGCUCAGUGGUAGAGCCCUUGCCUAGGAAGCGCAAGGCCCUGGGUUCGGUCCCCAGCUCCGAAAAAAAGAACCACAAAAAAAAAAAAAAAAAAAAGAAAGCUAGAUAUGAGUUUAUAUAUCAUGGUAUCUGAGUUAAACUAAAAAAAAAAAAUACAUAGGAAAAGGCGGUGAGUGGAACUGUGCCAAAGGUCAGCAGUUUUCCCUGGAAGAGGAUAACAGGCUGUUCCUAAGUCAGCCUCUCAGACCUUCCCUGCUUCCCCACUUUAUUAUGUAACCACAUCACCUACUUCUGAGAUACAACAAUAAAGCUUUGUCACUAUA